UCGCCUCCCUGCCGAGCACCGGGAAGUGCGGGCGAGCAAGGGAAGGACUCGGCGGGCUUCUCCGGCCCCCUCUGGGGGAGCCGCGCUGCCAGCCCGGCCUCGCCUCCCUGCUCCAGGCGCCUCCUAGCGGGGCUCAGCAGCAGCGCUGGGUGCCGGUGCCUUUCCCAGGCACGUCCCCCCUCAGCCGCGCUCAGCCCGACUCCCAGCCCCGCUCGCUGCUGCCAGCGGGCGAACCCACCCCCCGCGGCCAGCCAGAGCCUGCUGCCCAGAGCCAGUCGGCGCGGAGACACGCGGCGUGUGCGCGCGGGACCGGGCGAGGGGAAGGCAGCGCGAGGGAGCGCCCGGCGCCUUUCGGAGCAGCAGCAGCAGCAGCAUGGCCGGUCCGAGCGCCCUCUGCUCCGCGCUCGGGCUCUGCAGCAUCCUGAGCCUCUGGGCUCUGCCGGCGCGGGCUGCGCAGCGGCAAGAGGACACUCUCUACAUGUGGAUUGAUGCUCAUCAAGCCAGAGUCCUGAUAGGCUUUGAAGAGGAUAUUCUGAUUGUUUCAGAGGGGAAAAUGGCCCCAUUCACUCAUGAUUUCAGAAAAGCCCAGCAGAGGAUGCCAGCUAUUCCAGUCAAUAUCCACUCUAUGAAUUUUACCUGGCAUGCAACAGGAAGGGCUGAGUACUUUUAUGAGUUCCUGUCCUUGCGGUCACUGGAUAAAGGCAUAAUGGCUGAUCCAACCAUAAAUAUCCCCCUGCUUGGAACAGUUCCUCACAAAGCAUCAGUUGUUCAGGUUGGAUUUCCAUGCCUUGGAAAACAAGAUGGAGUAGCGGCGUUUGAAGUUACUGUGAUCAUAAUGAAUUCAGAAGGCAAUGUAAUCCUCCAAACACCCCAAAAUGCUAUCUUCUUUAAAACAUGUCAGCAAGCUGAAUGUCCAGGAGGGUGCAGAAAUGGAGGUUUUUGCAAUGAAAGGCAUGUCUGUGAAUGUCCAGAUGGAUUUUAUGGGCCUCAUUGUGAGAAAGCUUUGUGUGCGUCCCGCUGCAUGAAUGGUGGGCUCUGUGUCACACCAGGUUUGUGCAUCUGCCCUCCUGGAUUCUAUGGCGUCAACUGUGAUAAAGCUAACUGCACAACAACCUGUUUCAAUGGAGGAACCUGCUUCUAUCUAGGAAAAUGCAUUUGUCCUUCAGGACUCGAGGGAAACCAUUGUGAAAUUAGCAAAUGCCAACAGCCAUGUAGAAAUGGAGGUAAAUGUACCGGUAAAAAUAAAUGUAAGUGCUCCAAAGGUUACCAAGGAGAACUUUGUUCAAAGCCUGUCUGUGAACCUGGUUGUGGAUCAUAUGGAACCUGUGUGGAACCUAACAAAUGUCAAUGCAAAGAAGGCUGGCAUGGAAGACAUUGCAACAAAAGGUAUGGAGCCAGCAUUAUGAGUGCCCUGAGGCCAACAGACCCCAAGCACAGACAGCACACGCCUUCACCUAAAAAGGCUGAAGAGAGGCAUGUUCCACCCGAAUCCAAUUAUAUCUGGUGAACUCAAACAUCUGAAACGUUUUAUGUUACACAAAGUUCAUAGCCUUCAUUAACCUUUCAUGUGUUGAAUGUUAAAAUGCUGUUCAUUACAGUUAAGAUUACUGGCCUGAAUUUUAUUAGCUUCAUUAUAAACCACUGAGCUGAUAUUUACUAUUCCUUUUAAGUUUUAUAAAUCCUUCUUUAGCACGAUUAUAUAGGCUUCUUGUUUCAGUGCUUUGGACAGUGUUUUGUACUAUAUUUCAGUAAUGUUUAAACUUUCCUUUUUGAUUAUGUAGCUGCAAAUAUUUUCCAAAAAUGAAACAAUUUCCAAGUGAAGCAUUUUGUAGAAGCUGCCCUCGGUUGAUCUGAUGACUAGAGAGUUUGCCUAAGCAACAGUCAGGGUUGUUUUUGCAUUGUUACUAUCAUGUACUUAGAACGAUUACAAACAAGUUUCCUAAUUUAAAAAAAAAAUCAAUACAGCAAUAUUGUUGGUCAUAACAAUUUUGCAGAGUGCUCUGUAUUAAAUAUACACUAUGGCAUUUGAACAAUAUAAUAUAUUGUAAACAAAGUAGAACUAUAAUGUAUGAACUUUUUGCAUUGGCUUGAAGCAAUAUAAUAUAUUGGAAACAAAACAGCUCUUAUGUAAUAAACUUUUUAUACUGAUUGUUAUGUAUAAAAUAAAGAUGCUGCUUUAGUUUU